CAAAUGGUCUCUAUGGGGCAGUUGAAAUCCCUGAGUGCUGAGCCACCCUCUGCACUAUUAGGCAGGAAGAGCAUGAGAGAGGAGGAAGAAAAGGAUGCGUGAGAACAGCAUGAACUUUUAGAAAAGAUAGAAGUCAAAAGGAUUGACAAUUGUUAGAAAAGCCAUUCUCUCCUUGGAACUGUUUUACUCCUUUAUUCCAUGAGUGCUGCAAGUGUGCUCAGGUCUUUCAGUCCUUCAGCAAUGCCUGGCCCAGUCCUGCCGAUGGACAUGGCUAUGCGAUUCUACAUCAGCCACUCUCCGCCUCCUCUCCGAGGUUUCCUCAGCUCCUACGACGAGCUGCAGAGGACCAAGAAGAACCAGGCCAGCCAGUCGACCAGGUGGAGCCACAACCAGCAGCUCUACAAACCCCUGCGGCCCUGCCUCAGCACCCAGCAGAGAGCGGUGGACGAGGGCAGCUGCACGGGCUGGAACAAAGGCAAGGCCGGCAAAAAGAAGGUGGUGUUCGCAGACACGAGGGGCAUGUCACUCACCGUCAUCCACGUCUUUUCCAAGUUCGACGAUGAGCCGUAUCAAAACAAGCGUUGCAGUGAAAUCAGUGAGGAGCUGCAGUUUGACAUGUCAGACCUGGAAACAGCCACGAUGGACCUUAAGGUCAGCUCGGUGCGGAACCUGGCGCUGGACUUUAAACAGCCUUCGGCCGACUACUUGGACUUCCGGAACCGCCUGAUUCAGAACUCUGUCUGCUUGGAGAACUGCUCGCUGCAGGAGCGCUCCCUAACCGGCACCAUCAAGGUCCGGAACAUGGGGUUUGAGAAGUCGGUGCAGUUGCGAGCCACCUUCGACUCGUGGGCGAGCUUCGUUGACAUUGAGUGCACCUUCAUGAACAACGUCUACAGCUGCCAGGAUACCGACACCUUUGCGUUUGUCGUGGAGUUACCCGUCUACAUCCACCCACAGAAUAGUGUCGAGUUCUGCAUCUGCUUCAAAGCCCAGGGCCAGACCUUCUGGGACAAUAACGAUGGCAAGAACUACGUUCUCAAGCACAUCGGCUGGAACGGAGAGGACCUGAACGUUCGGAGGCCCCAAACUUCUGUUGAGCAGAAAAAGUCAGAGCACAAAAACGGGGCCGUGAAGGUGCUGGAGAUGGAGUUUGAUCAGUUUGGCAGCCCACGCAUGUCCAGCGGACUCUUUCCUGGCUGGCAGAGCUGGGGUCAGAUUGAUAACGCUGUGCCCUACUGGUGAACACGUCAGGAUGUUUGCUGAAAAUAACAUUGGACUAAGAUAACAGACACUGACAGGGCAUUUAGUGCAAAUACAGCUGUGGGUUUGAGCUUAGACUGGCUUUCAGCCACAAAAUGAAAUUAAGCAAAUAACCCUUUUUAUAGCAGAGAAAGUGUACAAGCCAAGACCUAAUGGUCUGUGGUUGGAGGAUGAGGGAUAAUUUGG